AUUGCCCCGUCUAAGCCUAGUCCUCUGCUUUCAUUGCUGCAAACGGUGACCUUGACCUCUUAGAGUAAUACAUGAAGGAUGGUGCGAGAUUUGCUCAUUUGGAGCUGAAAUCCCUCUCUAUGGAAUCUACAGCAGAAGGUAUUCGGCUUGCCAUCAGGAAGCAUCAAAGAUGGCCUCUGCAUGAUGUGGCUUUUAAAAACUCAAGAACUACCUAAAUUGCCAGUUUGCAGUGGAGAAGACAAAAAUGGAAAUUCAAACAUCAAAGCUUCCAUUUUGAUAUUCAUAGCUAUAUAGACAUGUGUCCCCACCACAAGGAGUAAACUGCACCAAGGGGGAAAGUUCUUAAGGCCCCCAAACCACAAGUAUUUUUGUCUCUCCCCCUGGAGACAAAGCAGAACUAUGGCAUUUUAUAGCUGCUGUUUGAUCCUCUGGGCAUUCACCUGGCAUGCUUCUGCUUAUGGGCCUGAUCAGCGAGCCCAGAAGAAAGGGGACAUUAUCCUUGGGGGACUCUUUCCUAUUCAUUUUGGAGUAGCAGCCAAAGAUCAAGAUCUCAAAUCAAGGCCAGAGUCUGUGGAAUGUAUCAGGUACAAUUUCCGAGGAUUUCGCUGGUUACAAGCUAUGAUAUUUGCCAUAGAGGAAAUAAACAGCAGCCCUGCGCUUCUACCUAAUAUGACUCUGGGAUACAGGAUAUUUGACACUUGCAACACUGUUUCUAAAGCUUUGGAGGCCACGCUGAGUUUUGUGGCCCAGAACAAAAUCGAUUCUUUGAACCUUGAUGAGUUCUGCAACUGCUCAGAGCACAUUCCCUCCACUAUCGCAGUGGUGGGAGCCACUGGCUCUGGCAUCUCCACUGCAGUGGCGAACUUGCUGGGGCUCUUCUACAUUCCCCAGGUUAGCUAUGCCUCCUCCAGUAGACUACUCAGCAACAAGAAUCAAUUCAAGUCCUUCCUCCGUACCAUCCCCAAUGAUGAACACCAGGCCACUGCCAUGGCAGACAUUAUCGAAUAUUUCCGCUGGAACUGGGUGGGCACAAUUGCUGCUGAUGAUGACUAUGGCCGGCCGGGGAUUGAGAAGUUUCGAGAGGAAGCUGAAGAGCGGGACAUCUGUAUUGACUUCAGUGAGCUCAUCUCCCAGUACUCUGAUGAGGAAGAGAUCCAGCAAGUGGUGGAGGUGAUCCAGAAUUCCACAGCUAAAGUCAUCGUAGUUUUCUCCAGUGGUCCAGACCUUGAACCCCUCAUCAAGGAAAUUGUCCGGCGCAAUAUCACAGGCAGGAUCUGGCUAGCCAGCGAGGCAUGGGCCAGUUCUUCCCUGAUUGCUAUGCCCGAGUACUUCCAUGUGGUCGGAGGCACCAUUGGAUUUGCUCUGAAGGCCGGCCAGAUCCCAGGUUUCCGGGAAUUCCUGCAGAAAGUUCAUCCCAGGAAGUCUAUCCACAAUGGUUUUGCCAAGGAAUUUUGGGAAGAAACAUUUAACUGCCACCUCCAAGAAGGUGCUAAAGGACCAUUACCCAUGGACACCUUCCUGAGAGAAGAAGGUGGCGGCAGAAUAAACAAUAGUUCCACUGCCUUCCGACCUCUCUGUACAGGAGAUGAGAACAUCAGCAGUGUUGAGACCCCUUACAUGGAUUAUACACAUUUACGGAUAUCCUACAAUGUCUACUUAGCAGUCUACUCUAUUGCUCAUGCCUUGCAAGAUAUAUAUACUUGUUUGCCUGGGAGAGGGCUCUUCACCAAUGGUUCCUGUGCAGACAUAAAGAAGGUGGAGGCUUGGCAGGUCCUGAAGCACCUUCGGCACCUAAACUUUACCAACAACAUGGGAGAACAAGUGACUUUCGAUGAGUGUGGUGACCUGAUGGGGAACUACUCCAUCAUCAACUGGCACCUCUCCCCCGAGGAUGGUUCCAUUGUGUUUAAGGAGGUCGGAUAUUACAACGUUUAUGCAAAGAAGGGAGAAAGGCUCUUCAUCAAUGAGGAGAAAAUCUUGUGGAGUGGGUUCUCCAGGGAGGUGCCUUUCUCCAACUGCAGCAGAGACUGCCUGGCAGGGACCAGGAAAGGAAUCAUUGAGGGGGAGCCCACCUGCUGCUUUGAAUGUGUAGCGUGUCCAGAUGGGGAGUACAGUGAUGAGACAGAUGCAAGUGCCUGUGACAAGUGCCCUAGUGACUUCUGGUCCAAUGAGAACCACACUUCUUGCAUCGCCAAGGAGAUUGAGUUUCUAUCGUGGACAGAGCCCUUUGGCAUUGCACUCACCCUCUUUGCAGUGCUGGGCAUUUUCCUGACAGCCUUCGUGCUGGGUGUUUUCAUCAAGUUCCGCAACACGCCCAUCGUCAAGGCCACCAACCGGGAGCUCUCCUACCUCCUCCUCUUCUCCCUGCUCUGCUGUUUCUCCAGCUCCCUGUUCUUCAUCGGUGAGCCUCAAGACUGGACAUGCCGCCUGCGCCAGCCAGCCUUUGGCAUCAGCUUUGUGCUCUGCAUCUCAUGCAUCCUGGUGAAAACCAACCGUGUUCUCCUGGUGUUUGAGGCCAAGAUCCCCACCAGCUUCCACCGCAAGUGGUGGGGGCUCAACCUGCAGUUCCUGCUGGUCUUCCUCUGCACUUUCAUGCAGAUCGUCAUCUGUGUGAUCUGGCUCUACACUGCGCCCCCUUCCAGCUACCGCAACCAUGAGCUGGAGGACGAGAUCAUCUUCAUCACAUGCCACGAGGGCUCCCUCAUGGCCCUGGGCUUCCUGAUUGGCUACACCUGCCUGCUGGCUGCCAUCUGCUUCUUUUUUGCCUUCAAGUCCCGGAAGCUGCCAGAGAACUUCAACGAAGCCAAGUUCAUCACCUUUAGCAUGCUUAUCUUCUUCAUCGUCUGGAUCUCCUUCAUUCCUGCCUACGCCAGCACCUAUGGCAAGUUUGUCUCUGCUGUGGAGGUGAUCGCCAUCCUGGCAGCCAGCUUUGGCUUGUUGGCCUGCAUCUUCUUCAACAAGGUCUACAUCAUUCUCUUCAAGCCAUCCCGUAACACCAUCGAGGAGGUGCGCUGCAGCACCGCUGCUCACGCUUUCAAGGUGGCAGCCCGGGCCACACUGCGCCGCAGCAACGUCUCCCGCAAGCGGUCCAGCAGCCUGGGGGGCUCCACGGGAUCCACACCCUCCUCCUCCAUCAGCAGCAAGAGCAACAGCGAAGACCCCUUCCCACCGCCCGAGAGGCAGAAACAGCAGCAGCCUCUCGCCCUGACCCAGCAAGAGCCGCAGCCACAGCAGCCCUUGACCCUCCAGCAGCAGGAGCAGCCCAGAUGCAAGCAGAAGGUCAUCUUCGGCAGUGGCACAGUCACCUUCUCGCUGAGCUUUGAUGAGCCUCAGAAGAGCGCCAUGGCUCACGGGAAUUCCACACACCAGAACUCCCUAGAGGCCCAGAAAAGCAACGAUACCUUGACCAAACACCAGGCGUUGCUCCCACUGCAGUGUGGGGAGGUAGACUCAGAACCAAGCCCCCAGGAGCCAGGCCUCCCAGGACCUGUAGGUGGGGACUGUCAACCAGAGAUGAAGGACACUGACGAUAUGUCCCCGGCACUAGUCGUGUCCAGUUCACAGAGCUUUGUCAUCAGCGGCGGAGGCAGCACUGUCACAGAAAACAUACUGCAUUCGUAAUCUAGACAAAGGCGAAUCCAGAAGAAUCCAAGAAGUUUCCUGGUAUCACCCUCUCCAACCAGAGUGAAGAAUUGCGCCAGACUCCUUUCCUCAGGGGAAGGAGCGAUGAUAGACAGCCAAACGACCUAAGCAUAGUUGCACUGCUUUAAAUGACAGUGAGUUGACUAAUGUUCCCUUUAAAGUUUAAAAUAAAAAGAAGAGCCUUGUGCUUCUGUGGUCAGGUUUGUAAGGGAGGUGAAAACACCAUAGACAGAUUUGCUGUUUAUGUUUCUUCCUCUGUUCUCUUCCUCUGCGUUUCCCACCCAACGGCCCAGAGAUGAAACCAAGGCUUUAGGCUGCCUGCCUAGCCCCUCCCUGUUUCAUAUUGAAAUACCUGCCCUGAAGCUGUGGACAGCCUGGCCCAGAAACAAACAUGUGCAGAGGGGCAGGAUGCCAGGUCUGCUCCCCACUUAAGUUGAGACACCAAAAGAUAGACUGUCACCAAUGCUGCCCAACACCUUGACAACAGAAUGAAUGUUCAAGAUCUUAAGGCUGUGUGUCCCCUCCUAUUUAUGAAGACCAUAGAUAUUUGGUUUCUUACUUGCUGCUGCUAUCAUGUGACAUCUAGAUUAGCAUCCCUUCUGUAUCAGAGCACCUGCUGUUGUCCAGAAUGUGAUAGUGAUGCCGUGUUUAGAUUGCAGGAUCACAAGAAUCACCUCAAAUUGUUGGGGCGGGACUACACGAAUCCAAUGAGCUGUAUCUUUAAUUAAUAUUGCUGUAUGUAGCUUUAUCCUUUUAAAAAUGUUUCUGUUAUAAUAAUCCAUGGACAAUAUAAACUGCAAAAAAAUGUCACGGUCUGGUUUAUAUGAGGCAGUAUUAUUGAGCUCCAUUCUCCCUGCCCCCCACCCUCCAUCCAUGAUCUAAGCCCUCUGUGAACCCCAGUGGUCCAGAGGCUCCCCCACCCCUGACUGCAAGGCUUCUGGUAGCCAGAUCUACACCUGUCCUUGACUUCACAAGAAUAAGCUCUCAGUCCAUGGCCCCCUGCUAGUUGUUGGGGUAAGAAUAUGUGGUUCCAAGAGAGCUCUCACAGGACAGUCACCCAGCGCUUCACCCCCAAGUGCCAUAACUACAUUGCCGCCAGCAGAGCAUGUCCCAGGGUGGUUAAAAGGCUUGAGUGCCAUACUGCUGAGCAUCCAGGCUCUGGAGUCAGAGGGAUCUGGGUUCUUCCUGACAAAUUGGGUGACCACAGCCAGGAACCUUAACCUCACUCAGCUCCAGAUUCUUCGUCUCUUAAAUGGAGGUAAUCAUUCUUUUCCCUCAGAGCUCUUACGUGGAUUAAAAGAGAUAAUGUAUGUAAAGUACUUUAGCAUGGUGCCUAGCACAUA